AUGGCCGAAUUGAAAUUUGGCAUCGUUGCAGGUGGUGUUACAGUGUCGCAGCGCGACAAAGAUGCGAAUGUUAUGAGAGGUUCAUCGAUCGAUUUGCUAAGUUUGAAGUGUGACAAGGUCAACGAGGUCAUUCGAGCACCAUCACCCGAUCUGUUCAGUGAUUGUGAUGAUGAUGAAUCCGCCGCCAAUGACGAAAAUAUUACAAAGGGAGACGCAUCAUCAAAGUCACAGUGUGAAGUCGAGAAUGUCGUGCGAGCACCAUCACCAGAUAUGUUCAGUGAGUGUGAUGAUGAGUUCGAUGUGUUGCAGCGCAACAAAGACGAAAAUGUCGCGGGAGCUUCAUCACCCGAUUUGUUUAGGAUUGAUUUUGUCGAUGAUUCCGAUGUUGUUGUUACACAUGAAAGCGAAUUGUUGCCAGACAACAAUGGGAUUGACAAUUUAGAAGCAACAUCAUCAUCGACAUUACCGUUAAAUAACCCAAGUGGAAUUUUCAUUGAUUUGGAUGAUUCGGUUGAAGCAGAACCAGAACCUAUUGUUGCAGGUAACGCAAGCAAUACCGCGGAGAAGAAGAAGAAGAAAAAAAGAAUGCCGCGCACAUUACCUGAAUGGUUGGAACCAAAGCGAAUAACACCAAGUGCCACAGUACCAUCAGCAUUAUCAUCUGCUCAACAUCUACACCGGCCACCAUUACAGCCAAUUGACUCUAACAAAUGGAUGAAACGAAGCACUGUCACAGCCACACUCACCAAGCCACCAUCUAAGCCAACAGCGUUGUCUCGUGAAAAGAAGAGGUCAUCAAAUAUCACAACUUUUGAUAUAAAUCAAUUGGGCCAAUUGGCGAAAACCAAAAUUAUGGUGGCAAGAAUCAAUGAUCACAGCGAACUAAAAGAGCAGCGUGGGUUCCAGUUGUAUCGAAAACUGAAAAUGUUGUACCAGAAAAAAGGAUUCGAUGAAAUGACCAGUGAUGGUUUUUCGUUAGCCAGCAUUGUCUUAGCCUUGGCUUACACCAACAACUGGUGUAAGCCAAUCGUUAGCCAGCUAUCUGUGUGAAAUGAGUACAUUCAAAGUAUAAUAAUUUUUGAUUUGCGUAUUCUGAUUCAAAUCAUACAAAUUUUGAAAAAAAAUUAAUAUAUUCCAAUUAAUUUUCAAUUUAAAA